AUGUCGCCUCCAAGCAUCAGUGCAACGCCCCCUGGGUGGAGCCUCUCGUGGCUGUCUGGUCCUUCAGCCGUCGCUGAUAAAAUAAUCACCUCAUUUCCAUCCACGAGUUCAGUCGUAACGACGAUAAUCUCAUCAAACCCCACCAGAGACGGACCGGGCGACAUUCAGACCAGUCGACCUGCUCCGGACGCUCCGGAUUGGGUCGUGGUGACCGAAACACCCGAGCAGAAACCCAAAACCCCAGAACCCAAAGUCUCCGUCUCGACCGAGAACUACUCCCGAGAGAGUCGAGUCCCGGAGACGGAGGGCAGCUCGUGGGGCGACACGUCCCCGUCUUCCCAAACGCCGCUGACGAUCAUCGCCCAGAGCACGACGUCGUCUGCCACCGGAGACACUGAGACGACCCUCUCGACGUCUGCAGGCGAGUCUCAGACAUCAAGCCUCGUCUCGACGGUUCCCAUCAGCGUAGAGCAGGAGCUGAGCCUCACCGAGACCGACGGGAAGAACAGCUCCGCUGGAGAAGACGCGGACGACAGAUGCAGCUGUCUGCACGGAGGGACGUGUCUUCCUCACGGAGAGGGUUUCCGCUGCUUCUGUCCGCAGGGUUACGCAGGAGAGAGCUGUGAAAUCGAUGUGGAUGAGUGUCAGUCGAGCCCCUGUGAGAACGGCGGCACCUGUAUCGAUAAAGAGGACUCGUAUGUGUGUCUCUGUUUGCCGAGUUACAGCGGAGACCGAUGUGAGAGAGACACAGAGGACUGUGAACACGGCUGGAAGAAGUUUCACGGUCACUGCUAUCGUCUGUUUCCUGGCAGACACACCUGGGAGGACGCAGAGAAGGACUGCAGGGAGCACAGCAGUCACCUGACCAGCAUCACUUCCUCCAUGGAGCAGGACUUCCUCAACGGUCUGGGUCAUGAGAACGUCUGGAUCGGUUUGAAUGAUCGUACAGUGGAAGAGGAUUUCCAGUGGACUGAUGGGAUAGAUGUUGUGUAUGAGAACUGGCGUGAGCAUCAGCCGGAUAACUUCUUUGCGGGCGGAGAGGAUUGUGUGGUGAUGGUCACCAGAGAGGACGGGAAAUGGAACGACGUUCCCUGCAACUACAACCUACUCUACGUCUGCAAGAAAGGAACCGUGAUGUGUGGCACUCCGCCGGCCGUGGAUAACACCUAUCUAGUGGGCCGCAGACGCUCACACUACGACAUCCACGCGGUGGUUCAGUACCAGUGCGUCGACGGCUUCUUUCAGAGACACAUCCCGACUGUCCGCUGCCGACCCGACGGGACCUGGGAAAGACCCAAGAUCAUCUGCACUAAAUCGCGGAGAUCUCACCGUUAUCGUCGGCAACAUCACAGAUCUCGGCGCGAGCAUCGACGACACCGGAGACACGGAUCUGGGCACAGGGGGCGGGACUAAGUCACAUAGGGCGGGGCUUAAAAGCAGGGGGCGUGGCCUCCGACGCCGUGUGGAAUCACUACCAAUGGAAAGGACAGAAAUAAUAGUUCUUUUUUACCGCUGUUAAUUAGGUUUCAUUAACCCUCUAUUCACAUGCUCUUCAUUAGAGGAAUGUUUUUAAUUGGUUUUUGGUAGCUCAUGCUCAUAUUUGUUCAGCUUUAGAUUUUUUGGGAUGUGAUGCUUUAAUGAAAUACUGAACAUCCAAUCAUUCAUAUUCAUGAAACGAGAUGCUCUUCAUGCCUUUGAAUGGCUCAGUAAUUAUUUGUACCCCUUGAGACUUUUCUAUACUUUUUAUUUUGAGCGUUUGGUGAAGAUUUGGUUUAUAUUGCAAAUCAUGAACUAUUGUGACGUGUUUGAUUAGAAUCACAGUGAAACCUCUUAUGGUCAUAAAUGAGUGUAUUUCAAUGAAGAAAAGCAUCAUGUUUCACACUGAAAAUGAAAGAAACAAAAUAUUAAAUUAUUUGUUCCAUAAAGAAAAUGAAGCCUGUUUUUAAAAGCAUUAAGUUUUUUGUAUUGUGACAAUUAAAGCAUCCUCAAAUUAAGUAUCAAAAUGUUAAAUAUCCUAAUAAAUAAAUAAAAAUAAUUGUGAUAGAGAAUUAAAA